CGUCACGGUCAGCUGCUCAAUGAGGAAGUAAACAAACCUGCAGCGAGCGGACGACUCGACGGGAGCAAGUGAAGCAGCUGUGGGCCGGCUCUCCAAAUGACGUCUCUGAUUUGCACUUUAAAUGACCAUCGAGACGAUGUCAACUGGUGCGCCUUCUCGGCCAAACUGCUGGCCACGUGUUCUGGGGACAAAACUCUCAGGGUAUACAGCACCAGUGACUUCUCAGAGCUGCCUUUCUCCCCGCUGUCGGGACAUGGCUACAGCGUCCACUGCUGCUGCUUCAGCCCCUGCGGACAGUUCCUCUGCUCCUGCUCCACCGACGCUACCACGGUUGUCUGGUCCAUGGUCACAGGAGAGAUCGAGGCUGUCAUGGAGCAUCCCGGUCGCAGCCCUGUGAGGAUCUGUGCGCUCUCCCCUGACUCUGCCCACCUGGUCACUGGUGCAUCCGAUGGGACUUUGGCCCUGUGGGAUUUCCCGUCCAAACAGCUGAACAGGACCGGAGCCGUGAGCGACACGACCAUGGUGGCCUGCUCCUUCAGCCCCUGCAGUCGGGUGUUCAUGACGGGCUCCACCUACGGAGACCUGCGUCUGUGGGACCUGAGCAUGAACCAGCUCCACGCAGAGAAGAACGCCCACGACCUGGGGGUCACCUGCUGCACGUUUGCUCCUGACAUCCUCAGUGGUGAGAAGAACCAUCGAGGUCAAGUUGUACAGUUUCGUCUGGCGUCCUGUGGCCAAGACAGUCACCUGAAGAUCUGGGCCAUUAACAAGUUCGCUUCUGGAGCCUAUAAGAUGAAGCUCCUGCACACACUAACUGGCCAGUCGGCUCCAGUCCUCUCCUGUGCCUACUCCUCAGAUGGGCAGCUGCUUGCGUCUUGCUCUGUGGACAAAACUGUUACAGUCUAUGAUGCAGCAAACGCAGUUUUGCUUUACACCCUGAGACAGCACGAGAGGUACGUGACGGCGUGUUGCUUCUCUCCAACAUCACCACUAAUUGCCACAGGAUCUAUGGAUAAGACUGUAAACAUCUGGAGGCUGGAGGACGGAUGCAGUGGCCACGGAGGGAAGACACUGCCUGAGGAACCUGCUCUCGCAUCACAUGAAGGGAAAACCUCAGCCGGCCAAUCGAAGCUGCUGGUCACCGAUUGGUCGGAGGGGGAUGUGUCAGAGUGGCUGGUGGAGGAAGGCCUCUCGGGAUUGGUUGAGAAAUUCAGGGCCAACAACAUAGACGGGACCGAGCUGCUCAGUCUCACCAAGGAAACGCUGGCGUCAGAGCUGCUCAUAGAGUCUGUGGGCCUGCGCAGUAAACUCCUGAGGAAGGUGGAGGAGCUGAAGAGUCAUUCAGUCUGUUCAGGCGUUCCUGACGAGUUCCUGUGUCCAAUCACCCGAGAGCUGAUAAAGGAGCCGGUCAUUGCUGCUGAUGGCUACUCAUAUGAAAGAGAGGCCAUCGAGAGCUGGAUCAACACCAAGAACCGCUCCAGCCCCAUGACCAACCUCCCAUUGCUGACGACUCUGCUCACCCCUAACCACACCCUGAAGAUGGCGAUUGGCCGCUGGAAGACCAGCCAGUGACGUCUGACGAAGCUGUGUCCCAAACCUUUCACUUAGAGCGGAUCAUAAACUGUAUUAUAAAGAUGGACGACAUGAGGGCUCACCCCAAAGUGAAGCCAGAGUCUCAAUCGCCUCCUGGUGGCUGGCUGCAAUGUAGGUCAUAAUCCCUGCCUCCUCCAUGUUAUUGGUUGGAACAUGAGUCAAACUGAAAAGUCAAAAACCACGUCAAAUUAAUCUUUCUCAAAGAUGGUUUCUGUUAUUUUCGGUAAUUCUGAUAUAUGUCGUGUUCAUGUUUCCAGUCAUUUUGGUUUCGUUAAGUUAUUUGCUGUUUUAAAAACAGGCUGAAAAAUCUUGAUUGACAGCUCAGACUGACUCGUGAUAGGUCGAGCUUGUGCAUCGACGGGACCACGGCUCCAUCCCCCGGUCGCAACUUUGCAGAUUCUGGCUCCAAAUAACAAACAUCAGCGCAAGAUGGCAGCGUUUGUUAUCAGGAUGAUUUGGCUUCAUUUCUGGAUGGUGGGAGGACUGGAUGUGUCGUCCAUCUUUAUUUACAGUCUAUGGAACAGACAGAAACCAGAACUCGCAGGGAUCCCAGAGCCCAACAGGAGCAGGUGCGUUGAUCCAGUUGAGAUGUCUGCUCACUGUGUUGGCUUUUACUCAUCAAGCUGCAUUAAGCAAAUCAUGUUUGAAGGCAGGUUUACUAAGCAUUGACUUUUGCAUGCGCGACAAUUACUUUAUAUUUAUUACAAUUAUGUUUUUUUUUUUAAUGGAAGUUCUUGGAAGAAAAAGUCACAGGGAAUUAAUAUUUAAAGAGACUGGUUUUGUUCCUGUUUUAAUGUGAAUGUUGCUUUGUUAAAAAUGUCUUCGCUUCAAAAAUCUACAAAAUGUGUAAUUUGCUCAUUCAGCUGAAAAAACUAAUAAAGAUCCAUUAUAGGAAUGAUAACAAAUUAAUUAUUAAUCAAAAAAUAUAUUUCUUUGUGCAGUUUUUAUUAUUCAUGAUUUUUUUUAUUGACUGAAUAACCAAUUGACUGAGUAACUGCACAAAGCUACAGCGACAUUCAUCUGCAGUAGGAUCGGCAGGACUAACACAUUACUUUGUGAGGAUUGAAAUAUUGCUUAAUGCAGCUUUAUUUAAAAAAGUUGUUACUGAAAACACCAUCUGCAGUGACACAAGUAAAAAUAUUUUUUUACAUUGCUUAAAGGUUCAGUGUGUAGAAUUCAGUGACAUCUAGUGGUGAAGUUGCAUGUUGCAGCUGAAUACCUCACCCUCCCCUUCCAAACAUGAAAGAGAACCUGU